AGCUCAGAUCUGCGAAAUCUAAUAACUUGAGAACUUCUUGAAAAUUCAUUUUUCAAAAAAGACAUAUCUAGGUUUGUAUUUAUAGAUGGUUGAAAAAAUGAAGAAAAGGAGAAUUGGUGUCGUAGGAUUUGGACACCUAGGUGAGAUUCCUGGGCGGAACAGGGAGAGAGGGGGUUGAGUCUGUUUAGUUUUGCUCAGCCAAAGUAGAUUUCGUCUCUUUUAGCUCUGUUUGAGAAGGGCUAAUUUUUUUGUCUAGCCUGUUCACAGACCCACUGUUUUCUCUUUAGAGAUCGUCAAGUGCGCGUAUAAAAUUUAUAAACCGCGGGGGAUUUAUAAACCGUACGCAAUGGGAGGAACGUCUGUGGAUAGGCUAUAGAGGAUUUCACGCUCAUAGUUGUAUCAGGGGUAAUCAGGGCAAUAUGGCGGGAAAUUCAAUGAUUUGUGUUGGAAUUCAAAGCCAGCUAAUUUUUCCUGAAUUCAUAUAUUUGAUGCUUUCUGUUUGAAAAGAGUAACUUACGAGUUCAAAAAUACAACACACUAAAUCUGGAGUGGCUUUGAAUUCCAAUACAAAUCUUUGAAUUUCCUGCCAUCUUGCCCUGAUUACCCAUAAUGCAACUAUGAGCGUGAAUUCCUCUAUUCUUUUCGUUUAAAUAUCUCUCUUUUUUAGGGCAAUACUUGGUGGAGGAAAUUCUUAAAAGAGAUGACCUUGAACUAAGCUUUGUUUGGAAUAGAACUGUAAGUGAACUCAGGGGAAAAGUCGAUGAAAAAUACAUUUUGGAAAAUCUGCCGUCCUUCCCAGACAGGUGUGUUAAUUGAAAGAUGUAUUGAUAAUUGAGAAAUGAAGUUUAUCCAGUCAGUGAUGCAGGUGGCUCGCAAAAAAAUCUGAGUUCUCCAAAUAGUAGUUGAACCUUCGAUCUGGCCAAUAGCCCAGAUGCUUUCACUAAGCUACAGGAGACUCAUGAUAGCUAAGGCUAUUCUCCACUUUAGAAACAACAAGGGAAAUGGAGCCAAACUGUGUCCCUCCUUUGUUUCUGGGAUCUUUUUCUUGGGGAGCGCCGGCCAGCUAUUGGCCAUUUUUUCCUGGUCCCUAGUAUAACAGUCCCAGAACAGUCGGGACAGUUGCAUCUUAUUUAGGAUGCGUCUAUGCAUCUUAUUUUUCCUUGUAUAUAUGGCACUGUUGAGAAAUCCUCCAGGAACUGCAAGGAAACACAGAAGGUUCUAGCUGCUGCUCCCAAGCCAGUAACAUGAAUUAUACUACUGUCAGUAUUAACAAGUAAAUUACCAACUCAAAUUAAAAUUGGUACUGCAGGAAAUUUAACAAUACAAAAAACUGAUAUGAAAUUUAUGUGAUACCUGGAUAUAUAUUAAAUUUUUGUCAAAAUAUUAUUGUCUUAUUGGCAAGUUUUUAAGAAAAAAAUAAAACAAUCAUAUUGUAUUGACAUGUCAUAGGGACUAUUAUCCUAAAUAACAUUUACCAGAUACUAGUACAAAUAUUAUUGAAGGAAGUUAAUCCUACUACUGAAUAAAAUUUUAACUUUUCACAGGACUCCAGACCUGAUUGUAGAGGUUGCUCACCCUUCCAUUACAGUGAAUUAUGGGGAAGGUUUUCUUGAUGUUGCAGAUUAUAUGGUAGGUGCUUUCUUCAGGGGAAUAGGAACUUAAAUAACAUACUGCCAACUCUCUCUUAAUGGACACCUCGGUAAUACAUACACCUAUGAUUCACAGGUCCCUACCUUUCUUGACUCCCUUCAUUUGACCCUCAAUAAGAUGGACAUCUCUCUAAGCUGGACACUAAGUGCCAGUCCCAAAGAUGUCCAUCUUGGAGAGAGUUGACUGUAAUAUGUUUUUGGCUUCCUCCUCCUCAAGCAGAAACCCAAAGCCAGUUUUGCCAAAUUAGGUACAUGCAGAUCACCAUAUUAGUACAUGAUACAUGACAAAUUAUUAAAGCCAUGUCUUAUGACAGUAUAGUGGUAAUUAAGACAAUGUUAAUGUGUCUCAAAUAGAAUUUAGUGUUUUCUCUUGGAUUUCCUUCAUAACAUUUACAUUAACUCGAACCUCCCACUAACUUGAAGUAAUUUUUGUCUCCCUUCAGGUCAUUUCUGUACAAUUUUACCCUUGAUAACUCGAACCAAAACAACCAUGUGCUUGUCUGAUUCUUUUUUUUUAAAUCAAUAUUUCUCUUGCUGCCCUUGAAGUGAAGUGUACUUCAUGAUACUUGCAUUCCUAAUUCCCAUCCCAUUUCCUAAUCAUUUCCGGUCACUUGUUUCAAACUCCCAAUAACUCAAACUUUUUUCUAUUUUCUCUAUAGCUAGAAGGUUCGAGUUAUUGGGAGUCAACUUUACUAUUGUAUAUUUUACAAGUCAAUACAAUACCACUUAGUAGGGGUUUGACUGUUUUAAUGAUUCCUUCUUCUGCCAUAUUCAGAUUCUCAAAGGGACUUGGACUUCGAGGUCCUAAAUUUUUGCUUUGUGUGUUUGUUUGUUUGUUAGAUAGGCUCACCCACUGCUUUGGCAAACCCUGAUAUUGAGAACAAGCUGAGGGACAAAGCCGCAAGUGGAACACAUGGAAUUUAUAUACCAAGUGGAGCAUUAUGGGGCGGCAUAGACAUCAAGAAAAUGGCAGACAGGGGAACGUUAAAGGUGCACUGAAAUUAUGUUGAAUUAAUUCAUAUACAGUCUAACCUCUCCUUAUGGACACCUCUAUAAUACGGAUGCCUGUCUAUUGCGGACAGUUUGUUUGGUCCCAGAAAUGCCAAAAAUCAUACAUUCCCUACCUCUACAAUAUGGACACCUCUGUAAAGCGGACACUUGGUACUGUCCCUUUGGUGUCCGUAUUAAAGAGGUUUGACUGUAUAAAGCAAUUUGCUUCCUAGGGGGUCAUUUAUCAUGACCAAGCUCUUCAAAAUGUUGUAUUUCUCCUGCGAUCUCGGUAAGAACAUUAAUUAAAGCCAAGGUCAUGGUAUUUCAUAAUUCAGACAGCUGGAAAUGGAAAUUGGAUAUUUUCCCCUCAAAUAUUUCCUUUCACUUGAUUCUCAAAAUUAUUUUUUACAAAACAUGAAAUGCUUACCAUUUUAUCUCACUUAAUCCUUUAUAUACGAUGCCCAUCAUAUGCUAUCCUUCAUAGUUAUUUUUGAACUUUAUUUCUCAUUCAGGGACUUAAAGUUACCAUGAAAAAGCAUCCUUCAUCUUAUAAAUUGAAUGAACCACUGAAGUCAAGGAAUGCACUAGUCAAGUCAGAGGCAACAGUUCUAUAUGAUGGUAGUUUUUUUUCUUACUGUUGUGUUCUGUUGUUGUUAUUUCUAAACAUUUAUGUCAUUCUAUUUUUGUUGUCCUCCAGGUUGUAUUCGUGACCUUUGUCCUUUAGCUCCAAAUAACGUGAAUACAAUGGCUGCCGCAGCUUUGGCAGCACAUAAUCUGGGAUUUGACAAAGCACAAGGAUGCAUUGUGGCUGACCCAAGGCAAGAUACAACUUUUGUUCAACUAGUUAUACAUAAUCCCCAGUUGUUCAAAGCCAGAUUAGGAUAACCCAGGAUUAAUGUGUAAGGCCUGGUUCUCAUAUGCUGCUGGUACCACCUGGGCUACUUCUCAGACGAAUGAGAACAUGCGCCGCCAGCUACUAGAGCCAUCACAGAGCUUUACCGCCGGAAUGCCUCUGAAGUUGAACUCAAGUCAACUUCGCGCAGGCAUGCCAGCGGUAAAGACUGGAAUGACCGAUGUUGCUGGCCACUUCUGUUCUCAUAUCAAAACAGUAUCCCAGGCAGUAUCGGCAGCCAUGUCACAAGACAUGCAUUGCUAGCAUAUGGGAACCAGGCUUUCGUGUGACUGAAUGCUUCCGUUGAUUCUUUUUACCUACAAUUUGAUGUUUGGACCCUUUAAUCCUGGAUAUGUUUAGCAAUAAUCAUCCUUCAAAUAACCAUGGCUAUCCAUGGAACAACUAGGCCCAGAGAAACAAUGAAAUAUUUACAAUGCAGGCAGCAAAUAAAUUUAAGGUCGCUGGCGUCACCUUGAGCUCUUUGUUAUGCAUUUAUUUAAAGGGUAUGCAAGAAGGACAACCACUGAUAUUGACCAAUUUACGAGAUUAUUCAUAGCUGGGUAAAAGAUGACAGUGAAGUGUUCAUGUGCACAUGUGGCACACAGACUGCGAGCACAAAAGUAACAAAUGGGCUCUGAAUCAAACCUUGUUUCAGUGAUAAAUAAAAAUAAAGAAAUCUUUAGAAAUUUCAACCAAAUUUAAUACCAUGAAACUUCUAGUACAUUUUUUUUUCCGCUUCAAAAAUCCUUGAACACAUUGUAGCUUAUAAACAAAAUGAAAUCGUGGAAUGUAUUCAACCAUAAUUACCAUUAUUACAUAUCUUGGUUGGAAACCAUGCUUUAGUCGGGACACCUUCAGGAGUCUCAAAAUUUGACUUUUCUGACAGUUUUAUGUCCAAGAAUUCAGCACAGAUACAAAACUUCACGAGCUGGCACUGUAGAGGGGUAAACUUUGUAGACUGUAGUGUGUUAUGUAUUGAAGAUUUUGCUCAUUUAAACGAUUAUUAUCUUGCUGGCAAACUUUAAAUUGCAAAGUCUGCUCAAUACCUAACACACUAGAAAUUUUGACCGAUCAUUAAUUUUGUUAAUAAAAUCAGAGAGUGCAGUCUUCUAUUCUUUCCACAAACUUGGACACAAAAUCAUGAUUUCCCAAUUGGGUACAACUGUGGCUUAACCCUGUAAGUCCCAAUAGUGACCAAGAUCAAUUUUCUCCUAACAAUAUCCAUACAUUGUCAACAGAUAAGUUAUGAGAAGUACUAAAAUGAUCACCCAAGUAAAAAUGCCUUAAUCUUUUAUCAGAUUCUCUCAACUCAUUCUUUAAGGAAAUGUAUGGAGAUCAGUUUGGAGAAUUUGUAUGUGGAUACUGGGGCUUAAAGGGUUAAAGCAUCGCUGUAAAGCAUAAUCCACCAAAUAAAACACAACCGUCCUAAAGUUCCAUCAUUUCACAAUGUCUAACUAAAAUUUUAUCAAAAUCACCUCGAAAACAGCCAAGAUUAAAUAAGCAUUUUAAGAUGUAGCACAAGCAAAAUUUUGCCUUAUGAAUUUAUUCAUAGAUAGGUGUCCCCUACAGCCUUAACCCUUAGAUAAAUCCAUUUUGUUAUAAAUAUUGCAGCCUUAAGGCCCAUAUUGUGGAGGUUGAUGUCUUUGGACCUGGGGAAGUGCAGAACCAGUUUACAGUGAAAACAGUUCGUCACAACCCUGCAGCUGUAGGAGCUGUUACAGGAAAUGCAACGUAUGCAUCUUUCUUGAGCAGUUUGUUGGGUAAGAAUGUUAUCAUUUUUGUCAUGUCAAGUCCAGGAAUGCUCACUCCUUUUUCAGGAUGUUUCUUGGUGUUGUGGAAACCAUUGUUGGUUCACUUUUGUGUUGUGGUGUGGGUAUUGUUCAGUGUCAUUUCAGUCUUUUGUAUUGCGUCAUUAAUGCACAAAAUGGCACGCAAACAGCAAGCUAUUGCAACAACACUUUACGAGGAACUGCAAGCAAGCAACUGCAUAUAUAAGUCACGAGGUGCCCCUGCUAGAGGCAUCGGGCCACCCCUAGUAUAGCUGGGGAAACUGCUGACCAGCAUUGCUUCGAGGUUAACUUUGCCUAAAUUACAUUUAGCCACAUUCAAUGUUUUGGUGAUUACACCCAUCCACAACACCAAGUAGCUACCCUUUUUUCAGUUCUUGCUGUAGCAAGAUAAACAAAUGAAACAGUACAAACUUUAAAAAUUGACGAAUGAGGGUUUAAUACCAUUGACUGACAAUGCACUCAGCUCACUUUGUUUCUAAAGAUGACCACUGCACAGUUGAAAUUAGUGGAAAAGCAGAAGGAUGAUAUGCACCUCCCUUCCUCACUCCUAGCUACUAUUCCAUGUCCAUACCCACCAUGCAGGUUAUCUAUAAGCUAAAAACAAGAGUAGUGAACACCCCUUUAUCCCAUCCUGGCUAAAAACGAUCACAUUAUAAUGGCCUGAAAAUUGUGAACAAUUGGCUCAAAAUUCUAUUGUUUCUUUUCAGGAGCACACAGUCAAGGUCCUGGACUUCAUCUUUGUUGAGCAUAACAUUUGACACGUCCCCCGAAAGUUUCAUUACCAGAAGCGUUGUGAGUUUCUGAUGUAACUAGGGCCUCUUAGAGCUAGCAGCUGACAGGUUUCACAAGAAACUGUGAUGCUGUGUGGACAAUUAAGUGG